UGCACAAAAGCUAGAAAAGACUAUUACGCUAUUAGCACAGAAUUCAGAGAAAAAAAACCUGUGCAUUCUUUAAAAGAAGUAGAGUUUCUAAGAAACAAAUAUCAAUAUUAUUAAUGAAAGAAUGGAUUUUUUUUAUCAGGAUAAUGUCUUAAUUUUGCCAAUACGCCCAGGUAUAGCAGAAAGAAUUCGGUUAUGAAAUGGGCGUCGAAAAGCAAAAGUUCUUUGUAUUUCCUUUUAAAUAUAUUCAUAAAAUGCACUUAAAAUUACUUAACAUCCCUCUUAAGACGCCGGCAGGCACAUUUUCGCGAAGCAUGAAUAAAAUCAAAGUUUCUUUCACCCGGUAUGUUUUCAUUUCUCCCGUUGAGCGACUCAAUCACGAGUGAGUUUAAUUUAUUUUCGUUAAUAACUCGGCGGGGAAUUAGGAAGGGAUACAGUUAUCAGUUAGCAGAUAUCGGGGGCGAAGAUAAAGAUGAGCAAAUCCUUGCAAAGAUUUUGAAUAUAAGUAUGGGAACAUCGCCUCAAUGUGCAGGCCUGCUAGAGAUCGCUAUCUCACAAGCGCGCUAUAAGACACAACUAAUAUCAUCUACCAAUGCUUCCUUAUAAGAAAGGCAUGAAUCUGCCAUAAGCCCGUUUAAUGCCUUUGCUUGCUUCUUCUUCUGGUUUCUGUGCCGAAAAGCAUUCUUUGAUAGCACCGAAGAUGAGCGAAGUAACAAUAAAAGAAGAGCAGCUAAGCGACAGCGAAACUUUAGACGAAUCAACACCCAGCACAGAACGACCGAUCCGCAUUAAUGGCGGGGAGAUUCUGAACAAGUUCAACUCUGCUUUGGCUUCGAUCAUCACGACAUCUAGUAGAAGUUCACAAGCGACACCAGAGGAAAAGGAGAAAUUGGCGAUGGCGACGCAGAAAAGUCCGAAACUUGCGCCACCAGUGUGGUACAGUAACUCGGCGACCAGGCCUCCUGCCCUGGCUCAGGUGUUCAGUCCCAUUUACCAGCAGUACGCCUUCAUACACCAGACAGCGGACACUCCCAUUAGGCCGAUACAUGACCCCAGUCUCUCAGUACAGAGGGCUGUGGACGAGUUUGACGAGUUCAACGAGUGGAUUGACGGCUCCUGCAAGUUGCGCUACUCAGCGUACUCCCGUGAAGCGCAGGCGCACAUUAGCGGCUGGGCCAUGAAGUACACCAAUAACCACAACAAGUACGUGCUGAAGAAGACGUGUGUUGGCGUGCUCCUGUGUAGCAAGGACUGCACGCUACCCAAUGGACUCAAGAUUGUCGUCCGACCCGCGAUAUCAGAUAAAGUGCGAGAAAGGCAAAUCGGUCAAAAUUGUCCAAACGCAUCUUGCUCUGGAAUUCUCUCUCACAGGAAAUGCACAGGUAACAAUGGCUACCCCGUGACGCAUUUCUGGGUCCAUCAGGAUGACGGCAUCUACUUCGAGUCCAAAGGAACACAUGACCACUUCCGGCCUCAGGCACGUAGGGCCACGCCAGACAGGAGCGCUAAUCGCACACGUCACCUGAGCUCCAAGGAGGAAGGGACCAAUAGCGAUGAACCUGAAGAGAGAGGGGCAUCUGAGGCAGAGGGAGCAACGUCCGCCACCAAGCCUCCUCAGGGUACCCGCAGAGGACGCAAGCGAAAGCAUCCGGACCGAUUCCUCCCAGUCCAAAAACUAUCAUCUUCUUUGUCUCACGCUAGCGAGUUGCUGCGCGGCUUCUCAAUAGACGAAGAAGACCAAUACGUGUGUGUAACUCUACCUGAGACCGAACAUUUAAUACAGCGAGCUCUGCUCUCUCACGAGCAGUCCCCUAUCGCCCCUUACGGUAGACUGUACCUGCUUUGUCAGACCUUCAAGGACGUGACACCGGGAUUCAAUUUGCUUGAGACCCGGAUCAUAUGCCACGAGGUCAGCGGUUGGCCUGUUGUCAUGGCAACUCUGUAUAAACAGGGUACCCGUGAAGGGAUUGUGCAGCAUAUGAAGACGAUGGCGAGGCUGUGCUCAUCACCGAGAGAAGAGAUCUUCUCCCCCAAGUGGCAGAUGGUGAUUCAUGACUUCACGCCUGAACAGGCCCAACUCGCCAUCGAGGCCAUCGUCAAUAUGAUCAUCAAUUCCCAAGUCCAGACCCUGCUCCGCGUUUUCCAAUACAAAAGCGUCAGUUCUUUGUACAAAAUGCUUCGCGAGAAAGUCACCAGUUCAAUGCAGAGCUAUGAGUCGCACUUCGAGCUGUGCAGACGCGAGAUCCUUUCCCGUCUGCAGGAUCCCCUACUUACAAUGAAAUUUGGCGACACGAUGAAGAGGUUGACCUCGGACAAGUGCAGCGUACAAGAGUUUGUCAGCGCCGACUGUUUACUUUCAGGAGGAAUACUAGGGUCUGUCAUCAGAGAGUUCUGGAACUUCUGGGGAAGUAGCCUGGUUGCCAGUAAGGUGUUCCCUGUGGCGGCGUCUGUCCGCGCUCAUAGUGAGAGACUGGACAUCUGGAGAAAAGUCUACACAGAACUUGAGUGGCCGCUAGAGCAUUCUGGGAUAUCCUUACAAGCCAUGAGUGACGUUGUUUUCAGGUGGAUCAAAUGUCACAGAGAAUUCUUCCCCAAAGCAGCGUUACGGGAGAUGACAAAUCUCAACAGCGGUUUACCACUAACUCGGCUAUCCGCUGAGCAACGACUGCAGAUGCUGAGGUCAGGACGAGAGAGACUGGGCUCGGCUUUUCACAGGCCCUUAUCGUGCCGCACCAUUUACAUGCCGAGAAUGCACUGGAUGUGACUGCAAAUAUGAUAAGCUCACAAUUCAAUGCGAGCAAAGAGAUGCCUCCAUAGUGCAGAAAGCCGAGAAUUCAAUUGUACAUAGGAAUUUAAAUUGGAGUGUAAAUAUGAAAAUUUUACGAAAUAGAACCCGUUUCGAUGUAAAUAAAAAUAGCAAUAGAAGGUCACAAAGAUUACAAAGGUUUAUUUCACGCACGUCCCAAGCCAAGAAUUUCUUAACUUUCUAGGGUAAGUCUCAAAAUGGGAGUUUUGGGCUUAUAGAUCAUUAAGUAUAUCCGCGGAGUUGAUGUUUCUUUAGUGCGGUUCUUUGGCUUUUGGCGUGAAAACAAUUCUCGCAAUUUGGGUUUCUUUGAAAAGGACACGUUCUAAGAAAAAAAAGGAACAAUUGGUAGUAUUCUCACCUGAAUACAAGCAAGGAAUCUCCACAUCAGACAUUUAUGACCUUUUGAUAAAAUUAUAAAUCAUUCUCUCCUCAUAUCUUCCCAUCAAUAAAAACUAGUUUGAAAUGUU